GCCAGUAUUUUUACCCACCUGGGCAAGCCCACAUUUCCCUCCUGGAUAGCGGGAGCGCCGGCGUUUUUUACUCGGAUUUUUUUACCGCGGGGGAGUAUAUAGCGGCCAAGGCUGGCUCGAACGGGAAAGAGGGAGAAAUUCUUUUUUCUUCUGUUUGGGUGAUCUUGGCGGCGGCUAUGGCGAUCCCUCCGCAGCUCAGGCACCAGAUGACGCUCAAGCCAUUGCUCCGUCCUCUGCUAGCGCUCAAUUUCGCCCUCUACGCUGUUAUUCUGGGAUUCGCGGGCUGGGCCUACGACAAGCAAAUGAGUGGUCGAUUGGGAGGGAACAAGGUGACUCCCGAUCUCAUCACGUACACAUUGCUCUCUGGAGUGGUGGGCAUUGCCUCGGUGCUGGCGGGUCUCUACUACUUGAGGAAAUGGAACUCCGAGAGCAGAGCUUCGGCGAUGGCUACAUCGAUUCUCGCGUUGCCGGUCACAAUCCUGGCACUUGGCGUUGCCUCGAAAUACAUCCACGCUGGUGGCCUCCACAACAAGAAGCUGACGACGCUGGCGGCAUACGCGAUCAUAAGUGCAAUCACCCAGCUUCUCUACACUUUGCUCGUUCACGGGAUCUUUGGCCACGAUAAGCUCAUCGGCCACACGGCGCCGGCGGCUCCAGCUGCGCCAGCGGCGGCGGGGGAGACCACGGCCACCAAGGAGGCGACGGCGCCGCCCGAGGAAGUGGAGAAGCCGCCGCCACACACAAGCGCGGAGGCGGCAGUAUGAUCGAUCGCAAGGAAAAAAAGAAAGGAAAAGAAUACAACACAACACACUCCGAGAACACUACUUACACACACCACCAUGGCGGAUUUUUUAGAUUUUCUCCUCUCUCCUCUCUCUCCUCUCUCUCUCGAUGUAAAGAUUUUCGAAGAUGUUUCAACUUUAAAGGAUUUGCGCUAAUUCUUUGCUCGCCA